AUGUUGGACGCAGAAUCUUCUUCAUUGACGCCUCUACCGGAAUCCCUCUCUCAUGGUUUAGUUGCUGUCGCGACCUUUGGUCUGUUAUCAUUCUUCUGUUCGAUUAGUUUAUUCGUCUACCUCACAUACAAGAUCUUUUCAUGGAAGAAGAAAACACACAUCGGUCCAGGUGCAGGUCAAGCAACGUCUUCUGUUAAUCAAUUCUUAUUUCUGAUAUACAAUUUACUAUUGGCGGAUAUUCAACAAGCAUUAGCAUUUUUACUCAACAUCAGCGCGCUCAAGAACAAUGGAAUUAUAGUUGGAACGUCAACAUGUUGGGUUCAAGGAUGGUUUGUAUCGACGGGAGAUUUGGCUAGUAGUGUAUUCAUCGCUGCCAUCGCAUGUCACACAUUUCUCAGUGUCGUAAAGAAAUACCGUGCUCCACAAUGGGCAUUCUAUACGGUAAUUGGAGGAUGUUGGGUAUUCAUCUACGGAUUGGCCAUCAUCGGUGUCGCAAUGCACCCACAUGAUCUUUACGUGAGGGCUUCUGCUUGGUGUUGGAUUGGAGAUAAAUAUCAAGAUGAACGUCUAUGGCUUCAUUACUUUUGGAUAUUCGGUGCCAUGUUCGGAACCAUUCUCAUCUACGCCUGUAUCUUCAUCUACAUUAGUCAUCAAUCGCGUUCCGCGCCUCCCGGAAAUCAAGCAUCCGAUCUUCACGGCGCUCAACCUCUUAUGAUUCUCUAUCCUUUGAUCUAUACGAUUUGUACGAUUCCACUUGCCGCCGGACGUAUUGCCGCACUAGCCGGGUCGGAUGUCAGUCUGAGUUAUUACUGUGUGGCGGGUAGUAUGAUUGCGUGUAAUGGAUGGUUAGAUGUACUAUUAUAUGCCAGUACCAGAGCGGAAAUCGUGUUUAGUGAGUAUGCACCAGGCGCGGAAACGGGUUUGGAAACAUUCGCUUUUAUGGGAAAAGGACAUUCGUUGGGUACAACGACGACUAUCGAAGCUGGGGGGUUAAAGGCUGCUGUGAGGGGGAAUAGAGGGAGUGGUAAUUUGGGACGGAGAGGACAUGGAGCGAGUGAUAGCACGGAUAAUCUUUACAAGAUGGGAGAUAUUUCCGUGGCGAAAAAUGUUAGUGUUCGUGUGAGUAUAGCACGAGAGGGAGAGUUAGGGAUUGGAGGAUACCAAAGGGGGACACCGGGAAGUAAAGAUGAUAGUGAAGAUCAUGGGAGUGAUUCGGGGUGGGAUAAUAUGAAGGGUAGAAGGAGUGAAAGUGGGAAGAGUGGAUUUAGCGACAUGGCUUAA